GAUUUGAUAAUCUUUUGGUACCUAGGUAGAUAAGCUUCAACAAUGUGUGUAAGAGAACAUAGGUACAUGUGAUUGAGAGACCACUUGAUGGAUUACCUAAAAUAACCACUUCCUUUCCCUUUUCUUUCGUGACCUUUCAUUCUAACCUUACUUUUUUUAAAAUUUUACUCCAUGAGGAUAAAACACUUAAUAUGGCACAUGCCGCAACGUUGGGCGCACUUACUGACGAGUUAGUUGAAGUUAUCACUUCGACUUCAGGCCAGUUAGAUCCCGAACGUUUUAAUGUUCUCAGAGAAUCCAGCUUAAGAAAACUCCGUCAACAUAAUUUUCUAAGCACGAACCAGUUUGACGUUCAGGAUAAACUUAACGGAUUCGAAGAGCACUUUCGCGUCGUCAACAAAGAUGGAUUGGCAGAUGCUUUGAGAGAGCGCUUAGAUGCCUUACCACAAGUUUCCAGCAAAUGGACACCCGAGAUUCUUCAUCUACUAUUGCUGCUGGAGGACCAGCCUGUUAAAAACUCUAAGCUCGCUGAUUUGAGAUUAUUCAAACAGCGAGACGAAAACCCUGAACCUCCUCUUAGAUGGGAAGACAUUGCCAAGGAAGAGGGUUGGGACCAAGAUGGUAAUCUCUGGAAAACUGUCAAGUUUGACAGUUAUAGCUCCGAAGAGGAAUAUCUUGAAAGUGCAUCCGAUCUAUCAUCUAAUGCCGAGGUCACCUCAGCAUCCACCGUCGAAGGACAGUAUCAGAAAUCCCCAUCCGAUUUCCUUGUCGAGUCUCAAGACGAGGAACACUUAGAGCAAGUUCGAGUAACCCAGCUUUGGAGAAAUGCUUCGCCGUCAAAGGAGCCGACAGGUCGGUCUCAUAAGAUUGCCUUAUCAGAGUUCCAAAUUAUACGCGAGGUGCUGUUCAUGCUAAAUGGUCUUGAGAAUACCCUAUUCGACGGCCAAAGUGUGCUUUCGCUACAGUUCCAGUUGAAGCAUACUUCGUGGGAACUUUAUAAAGCACUACUGGGUUCCUUUGGCGAAGCUGGUCGACAGUUGUCCCUCCUGCGCGAGUUUAUAAAGCAGCCCCAGAAUAUCCCGCUGUUGCAGGUUUUCCGAGAGGCAGUUGAGGAACGCCUUGGAUCCUUUAAUCGCGAAAUAUCAGAUUUGCAAGCUCGAUACGUAGAUAUCCAGCAAGACGUUAUUAUUAGCCUAGCCAGGGUUCUUGAUGAUGUAAAGCCUCAUUUAGAACCGCUUCUCAGCCUUUCGGACAUUAUCCAGCAGCUUCAACGAUCCAAAUAUCCGCGCCCUUUUUAUUACUUGGAACUUCUUUUCGAGGCUGCCGAACUUGCCCAAGUAGGAGGAAACGAUGCGGUGUAUCGAUUUAUUGCUACCCUGUUUUUCGAGUGUUUCCAUAUCUACCUUCGAUCCAUUCGCCUUUGGAUGGAGGCUGGAGAGCUGAUAAAUGAUGAUAAGGCUUUUUUCAUAACCAGUUCGACAAGCCAGGUUCCGCUGGCUCAAGUAUGGUCGAAUCAGUUUACUUUGCGAAAAACAACGGAUGGUGCCUUAUAUGUACCGCGGUUUUUACGACCUGCAACAUCGAAAAUACUUACAACCGGAAAAAGUGUUGUUGUACUUAAGCUCCUUGGAAAAUAUCAAUCAAGCAACGCUCAAAAUACACCGGAUUCGCCUAUAGGUGUUAACAAAGACCUUAUAUCAGCACACGGCAUCUUCGCGCCAUUUUCUGAGGUUUUUAACAAUGUUUUCGAUACAUGGAUGGAGAGUAAGCAUCAUGCCGCAUCUACGACUCUCCGGCGGACUCUUUUUGAUUCCUGUAGUCUCUGGUCAGUUUUGGACGCUCUUCAACAAGUUUACCUUAUGUCCAACGGCGCACAAGCCGACCUUUUCGCUUUUGCAAUUUUCAACAACUUGGACCUCCUUAAUUCAAACUGGCAUGAUCGCUUCAACUUGACUGCUGUAGCCCAGGAGACGUUCGGUACUAUUACCAAUGCUCACAGGCUAGUCGUCACUGUGGCCACAGAUAACCUUACAGAUGAUGUAAAGAAUAUUCGAAGGUCGGUUCGCAAGGGUCUACCACUGGUUAGAAUACUUUAUCGGUUGUCCUGGCCAAUCCGAAUUAUCUUAUCAGACGAAAGUCUUGCCCAAUAUGAAGCGGUCUUCACCUUCUUACUACAGCUCCGCCGAGCCACUUACGUCCUUCACAAAUACCGCUUAGUCUCGGACAACACUGCGGGUGCACCAAAUACGUCAUCAGACCAAGCAACUUAUUAUGGUCUCAGAACGAAACUCCUUUGGUUCUGUAAUACCUUUCGAUCUUACCUGAAUACGUUAGUCCUAGAACCACUUUCUGCCGAGCUUCGCCAUAAUCUUGAACAGACAGAGGAUAUAGCUGCUAUGGAAGCAUUGCAUAGUGCAUACACGAAGCAAAUUAUUAGUGAAGUGUGUCUAGGCACCAAGCUCGAUCCUAUCCGAGAAUGCAUUUUAGACAUGUUCGAUCUUGCCAUUAGACUUCAAGAUGCACGCCAAUUAGAAUCUGAGCGAGAGCAAGAAGAGGAACAAGAGCUAUCGCGAUUAUCAGUGAUGUCCUCGCCCUUGAAGCAGAGUCGACGGUACAUGGGAAGUGGCGAGGAGGAAGACGAGACAUUUCUCUUGGACCAGGACAAGACCUCCAUGAUGCAAGAUAAAGAAAGGCCAUUCGCAGAAGUUUUGCAUGACAUACGAGCCGACAUCGAUCGCCACUUGAAAUUCAUUUGUAGCGGUUUGAGGGGAGUUGCAAGGGCCAGUGGCGACAGCGCUGCGGGAAAAUGGGACAUCCUAGCGGAAAUGUUCGAAGCUGGGGUUCGUGAUCGAAGAUGAAUCGGCUUAGUAGUGGACCGGGUCCUAUGAUAAUCAAUGAUACAAAAAGCUCAACUAACAGAAUAGUUUAUGAUGUUUGCAUGUCCGACCCGUUUUGGAAUUAUAGCCACGGAAUUGUUGGGAAUCAUCAAUUAGUUCGCAUAAGAUUAUUAAACCCUGAGUGAUAUGAUGCUGUAGGACUUCAAUAGGAGUCUCCAGUAGGGGUCUCCAGUGACGUUGACCUGGGACUUCUCCACGAAUGUUAUGCGAGGUAUCUAACUACUCUAAAAAGAAUCAUUAUCCAACAUUUCCCACCACCGGUAGUAAGGUCAUUUUCUCAUAUCCAUCCAGAAUUUAUGACCUACAUAGUAUGACGGGGACAUGCCUGGUUGGCCCCAUUCGACCAAAACCAGAUUUAGU